AUGGAAGCGACCUUGGAGCAGAAGCUCAACAGCCUGACGGCCCGCGAACAGGUUGCGAUCGUAGACUUGGACAACAAUGUCGUCGGUAAGGCUGAUCGUUCUGUGAUGCGUGUGUUCACACUUCCCCAUCGCGCGACGUACAUAGUCAUUCGCAACAGCGCGGGUGACUUUUACGUGCAGCGUCGCACGAUGAUCAAGGACUAUUGUCCUGGGUUUCUCGACCCAAUGGCUGGUGGUGUUGUUCAAGCGGGCGAAAGCUAUGAGGACAAUGCAAUUCGCGAAGCCGAAGAGGAAAUGGGCGUCUCGGGGGUGCCUCUAACCUAUGUCACGACAUUCUUGUACAACGAAUCUUACACGGUGGUAUGGGGUGGCAUGUUUGAAUGCGUAUACGACGGGCAACUGAAGUUGCAACCCGAAGAAGUGUCCGAAGUCCUCAUUAUGUCGGCCGCGGACAUCAUGGCGCGCGCAAACGAGUUUACGCCGGACGGGAUCUUCGCCAUGCGGCUGUACCUCGACUGGAAGGCGCAUGAUGCGUCCAAGUAG